AUGGAUUCUAGACUUCGUGCGAGUCCCGAACAAUUUAGUUUGCUAAUAGAAUUUAUGGAAAGCCAGGGUGAUCUUUCAAGGCCACAAGUUGGACUUCAAGGAAGGGUAAGGAGUGAACGCCUGUGGCAAGAGUUAGGUGACAUUUUAAACUCAGUGGGUGGAUGUGGUGUUAACAAAACUUCCGACAAAUGGAAAAGGGUAUGGUCUGACUGGAAAACCAAAACAAAAAAGAAAGCCUCCCUUAUAAAUCGGGACAUUCAUGGCACUGGUGGUGGGUCUGGUAGGGGAAAACCAUUAAGUCGACUUGAGGAAAGGGUGUUACGUGUUAUUGGGGUCACCGCAAUUACUGGAAGUCAAGCCAUACAAGAAGCAGGCUUUCAAGAACCAUCUCAACCCCAAGUGAGCAAUACAGCUGAUACAGCAGGGAGGAUGUCAUCACCAGCAGAAAUUGAGCUCUUAGCAUUACCAUCAGCUGCAGAAGAUACACCCAUAGCAGUGCCAGCAAAUGUAACAUCUCCACCAGCACAUCCUGUCAGUCCUGUGCCAGGACCUUCAAAUAGUAGAACUAUACAAGGAAGUAAUUAUUACAAAAUUAAUUUUGUAAAGAAAGGUCGCCGGUAUCUGCCGGCCCUUCUACACCUCGUCAACGCCAUCUCAGACAGCGAAGACUGCGACAAACACCAUUUGACCGAGCCACCAGCGAGUUUGUAG